AUGUCGACCUCACCAACGACCGUUCACACAAUCGACCAUCCGUCCCGACCUGUGUGGUUCUCUGAACCAUAUUUAAUUACUCGCGAUGCGAAAGACUCAUAUCUGUGGCAUUGCAUACCGUCCGAAGAGCCCGUUCUGCACGGCAAAUUGGAGGGCAAAAUCUCUGCUCACGCAGAGCACCACGUAGUUUCAAAGAACCACCUUCUGACCGCAACCAAGCUGCAAAAGGACGAUCAGAGGUGGGAUGAGCUGCUCGUUCACAAUCUGGAAUCUGGGUCAUUGGUGGACCAACUAUCGCUUGCGCUGUCGGAGUCCUCCGAGUCGCGCUACGAGGCAGGCUUUCUCGGCGUUGACAAUCGAACGGCAGCUGUGUACAAGAAAAGCGAUGAGGAGCGGAGGAUAGAGGUUUACACCAUCUCCGAGGAGGGCAAGUUGACGCUGGAGGAAGCGCUCAGCGAGCCCUCUCAUAUACCCGACCAAAGUCGAAUGAACAUCCACCAUUCAGGGUACCCUUCUUCUACCCUCAUUCGUUAUGCACCAACUGGCCUCGUCGAAGCAGCCAACUAUACAGUAUUCCCCUCAGGCGUGCAACUUACCGCCUGGAGCUCGAAUCCAAGACAUACACAGCACGAAACGGUCGACUUCGUUCGAGUGCUCGACGCACAAGCUGAUCGAGAGUCCCACCUCCUCGGACACAUCCUCAUACCACCGUUGAACACAUUUGUCCUGGCGAGCUACGAGCACGCCCUCGAACAGCCCGAUCCGCAGCCAGCCACAAUCCUUCGGUCUUUCGAUUCAGACACCCUCUCGUUAAAAUGGACGACCACCGUCCCCCAGAAGACCAGCACACUUCAUUUCCUUCCUACACGAAACGUCAUCCUUGCAGUAGGGCUAAGCUGGUCCAUCGACGCAGAUUCAUCCGGAGGGGUUGCAGAAACCACGAUCGCCGUCAUCGACGCUGCUUCUGGGGCCGUUCAAGGCACACACGCCGUCAAGAGCCCACAAACCAAAUGCGCCAACCUCGGAAUAUCUGUCGGCGACGCCAGCGUAACGCCCUCGGGGGACCAGGUUAUCGUCGUCUUCGGAGAUGGACAGAUCACUGUAACUUCCAUAGACGACUUCCUCGACAAUGGAUUCAAAACGGCUACAAACGCAGAGGGCAGGUUUAUCACCCACCCAUUCCCCGAGACGUCGCUCUCGACGCCGAAGAACAAGAAGGAGCAUAAAGAGCUUGACCAAGGAUACUGGGCCUGGGUCAACAAGGCCUUUUAUGGUGAUAGGCAGGUCAUUUUGCGAGCUGGUCGUGGAAUGAAGGAGCCGACAGGCUUCGCGGUGGUUUCUUGGAAGUAA